GUCAAGCUUUAGACGUAACAAAAGAGAGAGUUUCAAGGUCACCUGAGUUCCAGGUAACCUAUGAACAUCACCUGGCCGCCGGUGUUUCCAGGGCAGGUAUAAAUGUGGCCGCCCCAGUCUACGCCAGCAUCACAGACUCGCCAUCGCCAGGACAACACCAUGAAGCUCACACUGAUCGUCGCCUGCCUGGUCGCCGCCGCCGCCGCCGCCCCUCAGCUCUUCAGAGAUGGCGGCUUUGUGGACUCUGUUGAGUACGAUCCGAUCGUCAUCCUGAGGGACGACCGUCAGGACGACGGGGACGGAAACUUCAGCUUCGGCUACGAAACCUCGAAUGGCAUCGCAGAGGAAAGGACUGGCACCCGCGGCGUGGAGGGUCAGAGCAACAUGCAGGGCUCCUACAGGUUCACUCUCCCGAACGGCGUUGUUGCUGAGUUCACCUACGUCGCUGAUGAAAAUGGUUACCGCGCUGAGUCCCCGCUGAUCCCCACGCCUCACCCCCUUCCCUCCCACGCCGUCGAGCAGAUCCGCAUCGCUGAGGAGCAACGCGAGCGAGGCAUCACCUUCGAGUAAUGGAGACGAGCGGGGUGGAGCGUCCGGCGGCCGGCCAAGAGCUGCCGUGCGGGCCAGGCGAGGGCGGGACCCUCACGCCGGACACUUCCAGAGCCACGGUGAGCCGGCGAGUCGCACGGAGCCACAGUUACCAAGACACAUCCAAGCUUAAUCAUCACUGCCAUGUAGAUGUAACGUAAUAAACGCCUUGAGUGUGUGCCAAGUACC